UUGGACGAGCGGUUGUCACUCAUAGAAUCCGGAAGAAGGGCUAACCUUGACAAGCUAGUAGGAAAACACAUGGGCUCAGGCUUACAAAAACUGUUGAAAAUUGGUUGAUUUCUGCCAGUUCAAGUGAAAAUAUUUAACAGGAGCAGUCCGAGAUCUCCAAUGCAUUUUUCAUACUGUGGUGCCGUUUUUCCAGUGAACUAUUUAAAACGAAAAUCUUUCAGCGUUUUGAUAGAUUAACUGUAUGACAAACAUUAGCAUUUCCCUCGGCUCCCUGGAUUAAGUAUCGUUUGGUGAUUUACAUGUGGACGUGAGCUGGUGUCCAGCGAUGAGGUUACCGUUUCUAUUUGUCACAAGAGCCCGUGGAAGUGUUCUCAGACUCCAGCUAAGACAGUUUCUAUCACCAGUUCCAGCCCUGUGGAAACCUCAGAGCAGCGCUGCUUUGAGAUUCACCAGCACUCAGCUGAGCAAAGAGGACAGGAGCUUCUACAUAACCACCCCCAUCUUCUAUGUCAACGCUUCUCCUCACCUCGGACAUCUGUACUCCGCUGUGAUAGCUGACUGUUUACACAGGUAUAAAGUACUGCAGGGAUUCAACUCAAAGUUUGCAACAGGCACUGAUGAACAUGGCCUGAAAAUCCAACAAGCUGCCGAAGCUGCAGGAAAAGAUCCUCUGACCUUCUGUACUGAUGUGUCAGAGCGAUUCAAACAUCUCUUCAGCAGCUGCAGCAUUUCGUACAGCGACUACAUCCGAACCACUCAGCAGAGGCACCGUCAGGCCGUGGAGCAUUUCUGGUCGGUGCUCCAGAACAAAGGGCUCAUCUACAAGGGUAGUUACGAGGGCUGGUACUCCACACAGGAUGAAAGCUUCCUGAUGCCGUCGCAGGUCGGUGAUGCUCUGGACUCAUCGGGGAAGGAGAUCAAAGUGUCGCUGGAGAGUGGACACAAGGUGGAGUGGAUGAAAGAGGAAAACUACAUGUUUCGUCUGUCUGCGUUUCGGACUCAGCUGCUUGACUGGCUCACAGGAAAUCCCCAGGCUGUGCAGCCUGAGCGUUUCCACCAGGCUGUUCUCCAGUGGUUGCAGGAAGACCUUCCCGACCUCUCAGUGUCCCGUCAGAGAAGUCGUCUUCAGUGGGGGAUCCCGGUCCCGGGAGAUGCUGAGCAAACCAUCUAUGUGUGGCUCGAUGCCCUUGUGAACUAUCUCACAGUAGCUGGCUAUCCAGAUAAACACGACCAGUGGUGGCAUGUGGCCCACCACGUUAUAGGAAAGGACAUCUUAAAAUUUCAUGCCAUCUACUGGCCGGCUUUUCUUCUCGGAGCUGGACUGCCGCUGCCUCAGGUGAUACAUGUGCACUCUCACUGGACAGUCGAAGGAAGAAAGAUGUCUAAAAGUUUAGGUAAUGUGGUAGAUCCUCUUGAACGCUCACAGAUGUUCACAACUGAUGGCAUGAGGUAUUUUCUCCUGCGUCAGGGUGUCCCGGACUCAGACUGCGAUUACACAGACGACAAAGUUAUCAAGGUGCUCAAUGCAGAGCUCACCGACUCUCUGGGUGGUCUGCUCAACCGCUGCACAGCUCCAGCUCUCAACCCAGCUCAGAUCUAUCCCUCCUUCUGCCCUCAGUCCUUCCCCAAAGAACGGGGAGGCAGAGCUGUGGUUGAAGACUACCACAUGCUGGAUGCUGUUAAAGGUCUACCGGCCGUGGUAGAGAUGCACUAUGAGAGCCUGAAUGUAUACAAAGCUCUGGAGGCCAUCAGUGCCUGCGUAAGGCAGACCAACGGCUUUGUUCAGCGCCACACACCUUGGAAGCUGGACACAAGGGACAGCAAAGACCAACGCUGGCUAGACACUAUCGUCCAUGUCUCACUUGAAUGUCUGAGGAUUUAUGGCACACUCCUCCAGCCAAUUGUGCCAGAAAUUUCUGACCGGCUGCUGUCCAGACUCGGUGUGCAACCCAACGAGAGGAGCUGGGCAGCUCUGAACUUCCUACCGAGAUAUGGGGGAACGGACUGUCCUUUUGAAGGGAGAGCACUGGGAUCGGACUCUGGAGUGCUUUUUAGUCGCUUGGAAAGUCAAAAAGGAGAUAAACACAAACCUAAGAAAGCAAAAAAAUCCGCAAAUUUGAAAUAAGUAAGGUGUUUGCACUCUGAGGUGUAAAGACUAGAGAUGAAGGUCGUGGAAGAAAAGUCAUCAUCAUUAGUUUGACAGAUAUUGCUGUAUUAGUUAUGAAAUUAAUGGGAAUGUUUUUUUUAUUUCCUGACCAAAAAUAAAUAACAUGAUUUUUGUUGCAGUCUGGGCCAAAACAAGCAUGUUCCCUUAGAUCUGGACAAUGUGAUUUUAAGAAUGGGGCAUUUCUGUUGCACUACAAUGCUUCAUUUAAAUGGCAUGUUGUGACAGAUUUUUACUGCUGUCCAAAAAAAUGACAGCUUCUGUAGUUUGGAUAUUGCACUUUGCCGUAUCUCAAUUCCAAUUAUGUUACAAUUAGGUGUUCAGCUCUUAUACCAACUCUGCUACAGCCAGUUUUUUUUUUUAAGCAGACAGAAACAGCACAAACAUACCUCCUAGUCAUGACUGUGUCCCAUAAGUACUUCAGCAAACAUUACUCCCACAUAUAAAUGGAAUGCUGUCAUAUUUGGUGUCUGUUUAACACGUACUUUAUCUACAAUGCCAUGCCAAACAUCAAGUGCAGCUUUGUGAGGCAUCAAACUAGAACAAGUGAACACACCUGUAUGGGCCUAAACAUGUUGCUGUUGAUCUUGUUACCUUUUCAUUGAAAUUAUUGAAGGGGAAUUUAAUUUUCCCCACACUUAUGUUACAUAAAGACUUCUGCAGAGUCUGGAACACCACAAAUUUGUAGCUAUAAGAUAAUGUCCCUUGAAGCACCUCAUGGGCUUCAGUAAUCUGGAUUUUCAAGCGUCAUUCAAUAUCCACAGUUACUGUCACUUACCAGGAAUUAUCCCACACCGAGGACACACACUUUGACAUUUACAGCAGGUCUUCUUUUCUUUCCGACAUUGUGACAGGAGAAUCCAAGCUCUGAGUAAAAGAAGUAAUGAUGCCUGAAUUCUAUUUAACUGCUGGUUGCUGGGAAUUGGCUUGAACAGAGCGAUCCUCUGACAUUAGCAACACCCGUGCUUUUUCUGAGUCAAAAUACCGGCUCUGAAAAGUGUCAGACUUUUCUUAGUCAGUCAGUGACGCCCCCCUUCUACAUUGAGUCAUCCACUUAAAUUAUAAGUGUAAAAGUCGUUCCAACCUCUGCUAUAAGCUCAUCUACAGCUGCACAUCGUGUUGGGAUUGUUUCACAGUCAUAGCCAACAUAAUAGAAAUGCUCCCUAUUGAUGCAUUUGUUCCCCAGAACAAAAGAAAAAACAGUGAAAGCUCAAAAUCUUCGCCAACAGGCAGCCAACGCAAAGUACAAGACAUAAAAACUGAUGUGAUUUUUUUAAUGAGAAAUACACGAAACUGAAAAAAUUGUACAAAUUGAAAUAAAAUAAAAAAUUGCAUUAUUCUUAUAA